UUUCAUAAAGUAUUAUAUUUGCCGUUAUGGUCCAAAUUAGUUUUACUUUUUAUAAUUAGUUGCCUGAGGAAUAAAAAAAGUUAUGAUGUUGAAUCAAGUUCGAUGGAAACCUAUUUAUUUUCUAAUAGUACUUAUCUUACCCACAAUUGCUCAAAACCUCCACAAAUCUGUGUCUGUUGUACUAGAUUCAAAAUGGAUCUACACAUCUUUACAUUUAGAAGCUAGUGAAUUCCUAGCUGAAGAAAAACCUGAGUUGUUUUGGAGAUUUGUAGAUGAUUGUUCCAACUUAGAAAACAACUUUUUUCAAACAAAAUCACAUAAAUUACAAUAUGAUGCUAUUACCGAUAUUGCAAGUAACUACUUAUCCAGUACAAAAAUUGCUUUACUGAAGUUUGCAUUAGCUUUACGUGCCUAUUCUCCAAUUGUUGAAAUGUUCCACCAAAUAGCUUAUGAUCAAACAUUCCCUUCAAAUUGCGAGGCUAUUGUCGAUGUAGCAGGCGAACACACAUGUGAUGUUGCUCAUUUGAAAUCAUUGCUUGAUUCAUCUAACAGGAAUGCUUCGUCUCUGUAUGAGGUUGAUCAUGUCUACCCAUUUUCAUCAUCCACUGCCUCAGCAAUCCUCUAUGGACAGAUAGGAUCUACUAGUUUUAACACACUGAACAGAAUAUUGAAAAGCUAUGCUGAUCAAAAUAAAAUAUCAUAUGCUGUGCGGCACUUUGUACUUAAGAGACAACUGAAAAAAGUUAGAUUGUCGGGUUAUGGGGUAGAAUUGGCAGUGAAAAGCACAGAAUAUAAAGCUCAGGAUGACACAAAAGUUAAAGAGGAGAAAGGUCCGGUUCAAGAAGAAGUUGAUAAAUAUGAAGAACUCGAGGGUUUUAUUUUCAGUAAAUUAAAUGAGUUGCAUCCAUCUAAAAAAGACAAAUUAGAACAGUUGAAAAAGCACAUUGUGGAGAGUUCAAAAGAAAUUCCUAGUCUCAAAGUUUGGGAAUUGCAAGAGUUGAGUUUGCAAGCCGGACAAAGAAUAAUUGAUUCACCCAUUGAAGAAACUUUAAGAGUUAUGAGAGACAUUGCACAAAAUUUUCCUACUCAGGCUCGCUCAUUGAUUCAUGUCUCUGUUUCUAAUGACAUGAAAAGAGAAAUUGAAAGAAACCAACAAACGUUCAUGCACCAUCAUAAUAUUGGUCCAGCAGAUGCAGGAUUGUUUCUGAAUGGAAUUUUUUUCGAUAUGGAAACUACAGAUAUUUUCACAUUACUGCAAUAUUUGAAGCAAGAGACUAGGGUUCUUGAAGCUUUGCACAAGCUUAAAAUUUCAGAUAAAUUGUUGACAAAUCUUUUGAAAAUGGAUUUCACAGAAGACAAAGAAGAGUAUGCAGUGGAUAUAAGGGAUCUCUCUAUACAAUACAUAAAUGAUAUUGAAAAUGAUCGUCAGUAUCGCACUUGGCCAUCAAGUGUUCAAGAUCUGUUGCGGCCAACUUAUCCUGGGAUGCUACGCAGUAUCAAGAAAAAUAUAUAUCACUUGGUCAUAGUUGCAGACCCUUCAAAGGAAGAUUCAAGAGAUAUCUUUAAACUUGCUGAAUCAUUUUAUGUUCAUAAAGCACCUGUGAGGAUUGGUCUCUUAUUUUCUGUGAAUUCGUCUGCCGAUGGUUUACAUGAUGGUGGAGUUGCAUUUCUAAAUGCAUUCAACUUCAUCAGCCAAGAUAAAUCACCUUAUGAUGGACUCUCUUUUAUUACUGAAGUUUAUGCAAAUGUUGAAGACAAAGAUAUUACAUCAGAAAAAGUCAUAUCUCAGUUCAAGACAAUGUAUCCAUCUGAAGAUUAUGAGCUGAUAUUUGGUCCAGAUUCAGAUUAUGAUACUGGCAAAAAGGCUGCCUGGGAAUUCAUAAGUAAAACUGGUUUGAGCAAGCCACCUCAAGUACUUCUGAAUGGAGUCAUGCUCAAACAAAAACAGCUAACAGCAGACAUGUUUGAAGAGGCAAUUUUAACAGAAGUUAUGAGACAGACUCCUUUCCUACAGAAAAGUGUCUACAAGGGAGAAUUAUCUGAUUCUCAAAACAUUCUAGACUUUAUUAUGGAACAAAAAAAUGUGAUGCCUCGUCUUAAUCAGAGAGUUUUAAGUUCCGAUUCAAAAUUCGUUGAUUUAAUUGGAGAAAAUGCUGAAACUGUUCCAGUCAAGGAUAUGAAAUAUUUCAUGAAACGUGAUGAUGACGAGUUUCGGCCUCUGACAGCAUGGGUUGUUGGUGAUGUAGACACCUCUGAAGGUCGUGCAUUGGUUUCUUCAGCGUUUGCUCAUUUGAAAGCUACUCCUCACAUGCGUAUUGGUCUGAUUCAUAACCCAAAGGAUGAAAAUGUGAAUGGAAAUUUUAGAAAAGCUGUCGAUGUUGCUUUAGAAACUUUAGAUUUGCAUACUUCCAAGCUUUUUAUCACAAAACUAUUUAAAACUGGAAAUGCUCAGCAAAUCAUUGAUGGGGAAAAAUCAAUCACAGAUUUUUCAAUAUCUAAUAUGGAUGUUGAAUCAUUUUUGAAAAACAUGGAUACUUUUCAAGAUAAACAUAUUGCUCUGCAUAAAACUUUCUGUAAAUCCGUAUUGAAACUCUUGCCUGGACAGAGAGCUGUUGUUAUUAAUGGAAGAAUUGUUGGUCCAUUUGAUGAGGAUGAAGAAUUCAUUCAAGAAGAUUUUCAUUUGUUAGAAGUGUAUUCUAAAAGCUUGUAUAGUGACAAACUAGUAUCAGAAUUAGAAAAAGGUGUGGAAAAAUCUAGAAAGAAUAGUUUUUCCCAUUUCAUCCUUUUAACUAUGAAAUAUGUAAUUAUUGAGAUUUUUUUACUAUUUUUUAGUGUGGUAAAAAUACCUGCUGCUGAUACUGAGGAGCCUGCUCAUGAAGUUGUGGUUAUUGUUGACCCUGUUUCUAAGGGGGCGGCAAAAUUGUCUUCGAUACUUAUGGUGCUACAAAGAGUUAUUAACGCGCAUUUCACUAUUUUCUUAAACUGUGUUGAUAAGCAUUCUGCCAUGCCUUUACAAAGCUUUUACCGUUUUGUGUUAAAUGAGGAGCCAGUGUUUGGAUCUGAUGGCAACUUUGGUCUUGCUCCGUUUGCCAAAUUUUCUGGCUUACCGUCGACCCCACUCUUUACCCUUGGAAUGAUAACUCCUGAAAAUUGGUUAGUGGAAGUAGUGAAAUCUCCUUAUGAUUUAGACAACAUCCAUUUGGAACAAGUUGAAAGCAAUGUUCAUGCUGAUUUUGAAUUAGAACAUCUUCUUAUUGAAGGGCAUUGUUUUGAACAAUCUUCAGGAAAUCCACCCAGGGGUUUACAGUUCACAUUGGGCACAAAGAAAAAGCCUGAAGUAGUGGAUACAAUAGUCAUGGCUAAUUUGGGUUACUUUCAACUUAAAGCUAAUCCUGGAGCAUGGGAUUUGAGAUUACGGGAAGGAAGAUCAGCAGAAAUUUAUGAAAUAUCAGGAAGUGAAAAUACUGAAACAUUAUCCGAUUCUUCAAAUGUAGCAGUGCUUAUAAGUGAUUUUAGAAGUCACAUUAUAAAAGUGAAGGUGUCAAAAAAGCCCGGAAAGCAGUACGAAGAACUUCUGCAGGAUGAUACGGAGACUGACUCAGGAAUUUGGGGCACAAUAACAAGCAUGCCUAUAAUUGGUGGAAUAGUCGAGGAAUGGAGAAAUAUUUGGCUUGCAAUGAAAAGUACUUUUACAGGAAACAAAAGUGAACAAGAAAAGGGGGAUGAUAAGAUAAACAUAUUUUCGUUGGCAUCAGGUCAUCUGUACGAGAGACUUCUGAGGAUUAUGAUGCUAAGUGUUUUGAAGAAUACUAAAACACCUGUCAAAUUUUGGUUCCUGAAAAAUUUUCUGUCGCCGACAUUCAAGGAUUUCUUGCCAUUUAUGUCCAAAAAAUAUGGCUUUGAAUAUGAAUUAGUGCAGUAUAAAUGGCCCAGGUGGUUGAAUCAACAGAGUGAAAAACAAAGAAUCAUAUGGGGAUACAAAAUUCUAUUCCUUGAUGUAUUAUUUCCACUUGAUGUUAAGAAAAUAAUAUUUGUAGAUGCUGAUCAGGUUGUGCGUGCAGAUAUGAAAGAAUUAGUAGACCUAGAUUUACAAGGUGCACCUUAUGGCUACACCCCUUUCUGUGAUAGUAGAAGAGAUAUGGAUGGUUACAGAUUUUGGAAAUCUGGUUAUUGGGCCUCUCAUUUAGGGAGUAGAAAGUACCACAUCAGUGCUCUUUAUGUUGUUGAUUUAAAAAAGUUUAGAAGAAUAGCGGCUGGUGAUCGUCUGAGAGGACAAUAUCAAGGAUUGAGUCAAGAUCCCAACAGUCUUUCAAAUUUGGAUCAGGAUUUGCCUAACAACAUGAUUCAUCAAGUGAGCAUCGUGUCCUUACCACAGGAAUGGCUUUGGUGCGAAACAUGGUGCUCUGAUGAUACCAAAAAAUACGCUAAAACGAUUGAUUUGUGUAAUAAUCCAAAAACUAAAGAAUCCAAACUUGCUAGUGCCAUGCGUAUCAUUCCCGAAUGGAAAGAUUAUGAUACUGAAAUUAAAGAAUUUCACAAAGAGUAUGAGAAAAGCAAAACAAUUUCCCAAUCAACAAAAGAGGACAAAGACACAGAUACCCAUGAUGAGUUAUGAUGAAGAAAUUAAAUACGUUAUUGUAUUUGGUGAUAUUAGGAACAAUAAAUUUUUAAUAAAUUU